AGUCAGCAUGUUUUGCCACAGCACUGCGAGAAACAAUCUGCUCUCCGAUUCCAGCUCGUAAUCUUAUCGGAGGCUAUUUCUUUUUUAGAUUUAGUCUUUGUCUCUUCCAUUCCCUCCCCAGCACUCUUGCCGCCAACCCUGCAACAGCAAGAAGGAAAGGCGUGGAGGGGAGAAAGGGGCUGGAGAGCUGAAGUGUGCAUUGUAAUGUCACAUUUGUGCCAGCCGAACUAAGUAGAUCAUUGGGUGGGGAGAGAGUGAGAGUGAGAGAUAGAGAGAGACUGUCUCUCUCUCUCUCCCUCUCCCUCUCUUUUUGGUAAGUAAGUAGAGACAUACUGCACCAUUUCCUGAUUCAGUGAGCUCUGGAGAGUUGCUGGCUGUGUGCAGCAGGGGAGGUGCUAGAGCUGAUCAAGCCGCGUAAUUUUAUACAUUACUGAAUCAGUGCAGGAGAACCUGGAGGGACAAAGCAUCCGCACAUCUUUUGGACGGCAUCGCCAAAGCCUCUCGCUUUGCCUCCUCCAGCCAUGCUCUGAGAGCUUUGUGCAUUUCCCUUGCACCCACCCACCUACCCAUCUUUUCUCCUCCUUGCUCCCCACUCCUCUUUUUCUCCAUCCUCCCAUCAUUGCUUCCUCCUCCUCCUCCUGGUGUAAAUGACAGAGUCGUCUGAUGAUGGCCCUUGUUAUGGAACCUAUUAGCAAGUGGACGCCCAAACAAGUAGUGGAUUGGAUGAAAGGCCUUGACGACUGCCUGCAACAAUACAUUAAAAACUUUGAGAGAGAGAAGAUCAAUGGAGAGCAGUUGCUGCACAUCACUCAUCAGGAGCUGGAAGAGUUGGGAGUCACCCGAAUCGGCCACCAAGAGCUCAUCCUGGAAGCGGUGGAUCUCCUGUGUGCUUUGAACUAUGGCUUGGAGACGGAAAACCUGAGGACUCUUUCCCACAAGCUGAACGCCUCGGCCAAAAACCUUCAGAACUUCAUAACGGGUAGACGGAGGAGCGGCCAUUACGAUGGCAGGGCCUCCCGACGACUGCCAAACGAUUUCCUUACCUCUGUGGUUGACCUGAUUGGUGCUGCCAAGAACUUGCUUGCCUGGCUGGACAGGUCUCCAUUUGUCAGCGUGACAGAAUACUCACUGCUGAAAAAUAACAUUGUUCAACUGUGCCUGGAACUAACAACCAUAGUGCAACAGGAUUGCACGGUGUAUGAAACAGAAAAUAAAAUCCUUCACGUGUGUAAAACGCUGUCUGGCAUCUGUGAUCACAUCAUCUCCCUCUCAUCCGACUCUCUGGUGUCACAAUCCGCUCACCUCGAAGUUGUUCAUCUUACCAGCAUCAUGCCCAGUGAAGGCUUGGGGAUGUAUAUCAAGUCAACCUAUGACGGGCUCCACGUGAUCACUGGAACUACUGAAAACUCUCCAGCAGACCAGUGCAAGAAAAUCCAUGCAGGGGACGAAGUGAUCCAAGUCAACCACCAAACUGUGGUUGGCUGGCAGUUAAAGAACCUGGUCAAUGCCUUGCGCGAAGACCCAAACGGCGUGAUCUUAACCUUGAAGAAACGGCCCCAGAACACCCUGGUGUCCGCCCCGGCCCUCCUGAAGAACGUACGGUGGAAACCGCUAGCCUUACAGCCUGUCAUUCCAACCAGCCCAACGAGCAAUUCCACCACACCAACGAGCACAAUGGGCUUGAGCUCCAAAAUGGACAACUCGACUCUCCAAGACGUUUUCAUCCUCUCCCCCAUGUCAGGACUUUAUGGCCCCAGGGAUGACAUUGGGAUCGUGUCUUGUGAUGACAUCAGUAAAUAUGGCAUCGGGAAGUCUGGGAUGAAGGGUUCAGAGUCUCCAAGCUACUUUUUGGAACAUGAAACCGGAAAGUAUUACACGUUAAUAGAAGGCGAGGGCCAUCCAGUGAGCUCUGAAUAUGAAAGAGGAAGAGCCACAGGUGUGCGGCGGAGAGAGAAGACACCCACGCAUGGUGAUCUCAGGCCAGUCUCUAUGCCAACAGAGUACAGCUGGAUAGGAGAUUCCAAAGAGCCAAAUAUGUAUAAAAGGGGGAGCCGAGACUCUGAGAAUUCACUUCUUCGGUACCUGAGCGAUGACAAGAUUUUGGUCAUCCAGGAGGAGCCAUUGACUCAGAAGGACAACAAACGGGAUACGGGGCGGCGGUCGAGGAAAAAGGGGAAGAACAGCGGGAGUCCCAACUAUCCCAUUAGCCCUUCGGUGCUGACCUCAACUGUGAACGUUCGUCUUGAACCUGGACAGCAGGAGGCCCUCAACUUCUCCUUACCUGAGAACAACACUGUUCCUCUGUAUCACAGGGCAGGAGACACCAUCGCUGGAGAUUCAGAAAGGUAUGUGAGUUCUGCUGUCGAGCGUCAAGGAAGCACAUCAAUGAGGAAGUCUUUCCACUACGCUUCCCUGCGGGUAAAAAGCAAAAAAUGGCCCAAAGGAGGCUCACUGAACAACAGCAGCCGACGGCGGAUCUCAUGCAAAGAUUUGGGGCAUGGAGAUUGCGAGGGCUGGUUAUGGAAGAAAAAGGACGCCAAAGGCUACUUUACCCAGAAGUGGAAAAAAUACUGGUUCGUGCUGAAGGAUUCCUCCCUGUAUUGGUACACUAACCAGAAUGAUGAAAAAGCAGAAGGAUUCAUCAGUUUACCAGAGUUCAGGAUAGACAGAGCCAUCGAAUGCAGGAGGAAACAUGCCUUCAAAGCUUGUCACCCCAAAAUUAAGAGUUUCUUCUUCGCAACGGACUGCCUGGAAGAAAUGAAUCGGUGGAUGAACCGUUUGGGUCUUGCAGCAAUUGGAUAUACACCGGAUGAUAAGGAUAUCCGGCCAGAUGAAGAUUACUGGAGCGAAAGUGACCAGGAAGAUAUUGACGGCUCCUUAACGCUGAAACAAGAGGGACCUGCAACAGUUUGUGACACCUACCACCGAACACCCUCAAUGAAUUCUUCGAGUCCAUUCCCUGAGCCCAAACACGGCCGACAUUUCUCCAGCGAAUCAACGUAUUCUCAUUCUUCCGCGGAGGACUCCCGGCAGGAUCCAACAGGGACGACGCAUUCAUCAGGCUGCAGGCCUCCCUACAGAGAACGGCGCUCAUGGCAGGACCUCAUAGAGACUCCCCUGACCAGUUCAGGCCUCCAUUUCCUCCAGACCGUCCCUCCCGACCCGGAGUAUGUGAGCGGGCACCUCGGCUUAUCACCAGAGAGGCGGCGGCAAGCAACGCUCCCGGUCCAAAGGCGGCACAACCUUGAACAGGAUGGCCCAUUCCCACUGGUGGAGUGCCACCGAGGCCCCAGUUCACACACCCGGCCCCAGAAGCAGCGCAGUCAAAGCCUUCCGCGAAACAGAGACGUCCGAGUCAAAGGCCAUGUAAAACCCAGCGGGAUAACAGAGGAGAGAUCAGAAGAGAAGCUGCCCAUUAAAAAGCAAAGUAGUUUAUGUGAAGAAGAAAAUGUAGAAGAACAAAAAGAGAGCUCAGAUGGUUUGCAUGAAUUGUACAAGUCUCUGGAACAAGCUAGUUUGUCAGCGUUUGGAGAGCAACGUCCUUCCACCAAGCAGGAAUUCCGGAGGUCCUUCGUAAAGAGAUGCAACGAUCCUGUUAUCAAUGAAAAACUUCACCGGAUUCGAGUUCUCAGGAGCACUUUAAAAGCAAAGGAGGGAGACCUUGUCGUGAUCAACAACCUCCUUCACGAUCCCAAGUUGACGUCCAAAAAGUUCAAAGAGUGGAAAGUAAAGAACUAUGAGUUUUUCCUGGACAUUUGUGAGUACGGUGCCGCUCUCAAAGCCCAAAACGGAGCCUCUGAACUCGCAGCCCCGGCCCCGCUGCUGACACACACGCAUUCCUUCAUUGAAACACACGUCUGACAGGAUGUAGCACCGGGAACACUUUUUGGGGCAGGGGGAGGGUUGCGGGGAGGGACCGUGGG